AUGGCCUCUGCAACUGCUUCGGCUUAUCUUCCCUGUUUAGGUGUGUGAACCAUCCGAAAACGCCCCACAAAUGCAUACGUACGUGGAAGAUUUUACGCUCAUCUUCUACAAUCUGGUUCGUGCGUCUGUUAAUCAUAGGCUUUCGCCGGUGCGUGCCGCAUUAGAUUUUUCCUUCUUUUUUUUAUCUAUUUUCCAGUGGCAGUGGAAGAUUAGGGCGACGAUUUCUGUUCCUAUUAGACCCUUGUAGAUCGCUGCUUGCAUCUGUUCUCUUUGGAAUCGCGUCGUAUGCAUGAUCCUCUCUCGUGCAUGAUUCUUUUCCAUCGAAUGCAGUGACGGUAGGGAUCGGAAAUUCAAGGAUUCACCCGUGUAGAUUCUGGAUUUUAUGUCAAAACUGAUAUAUCCAGUUCAUCCAUUCGUCCGCGACGUAACUGAUAUAUCCAGAGAAUUCGUCCGUGUAGGUUCUGGAUUUGCAAGGCGUUCAUCCGGUAAACAUGGCGUAUACUUCCGCGACAAGAUCCAGAGACCUCUUAUGCAGUGCUCGGCAUCAGGUCACGGGGCAAUGGUCGCCAGCUCGCAGGAGUCAGAAGGCUUUACUCCUAUGGGUCGGAGGAGUCUGAUUGGGGCUUCUGUGCUCUCGAGUUUGAGUCUAAGCAUCUCUGAUGCCAGAGGAGCCGGCCUCCCGCCCGAGGAGAAGCCCAAGCUGUGCAACGACGAAUGCGAGAAAGAGCUUGAAAAUGUACGCUGAGACCACGCACCCUCAUCUGCUUGGUGUCUUACCGCCGAAACCCAUUUCUAUCAUGCCAGUUCUUUGCUUCUCUGAUAGAUCUCACUCAGGUUUUCCUCGCAAUUCUCUGUUUCCAAUUCCUCAGAUCCAUAAGAACUUGGGAUGCCUCCUUACCGUCUCUGGGUCUACAUGGCAUUAAUUUAUUUUUUUUGCCCACUGUAGCUUGGCUUGUUCAUGGCUUUACAUUUUAGGGCUCCGGGGAUGAUCAUACAUCUCCUUUUAGUAAGCUUCAGAUGGAAAUAAUGCUGGGCUUCCAGCUUUACCUGUGUUUCAGCUUGUUCUUCAUAUGGGUCACCAAGAUCAUCUGAUUGGCUUUGAUGAUCGUCGCUGCAUCAAAGCAGCAUCGUUUUUUGCUUAAUUUAUCUUCUAACUAUUCCCCAAUUUUCCCUGCUGAAGAUUUGGUAGCAACAAACUGUGCAGGUCCCGAUCAUAACUACGGAGUCCGGUUUGCAGUACAAGGAUAUAAAGGUCGGCCAAGGCCCCAACCCACCCGUUGGUUUUCAGGUGCUUCUCAUGCUCUUUUCAUUUCUGGGCAAAUAUCAUCCUACUUAAUCACCAGCUUGCCAAACACCAGCUUGUAGUCACAGACUUGGUCUUAUUCAUCAGAUGCUGAUUAGAAACCGAUUUGGUUAUCGUUUCAGGUGGUGGCGAAUUAUGUCGCCAUGGUGCCAUCCGGGCAGAUAUUUGAUAGGUACUUGGCUGAUUGAAGUGUCAGGCCAGAUUUUUACCUCGUUAUUUCAGAAUCCAAGGGGUUUUUCUAUAUGGGUUCGUCUAGAUUCAGCUCAGCUUACUAUGCUUUCUCGUGGGUUGCAGCUCCUUGGAGAAAGGGCUACCUUAUACUUUCCGCGUCGGCUCUGGCCAGGUACUUGAAAGGGUUGCCGCAAUUCUUUCCAAGAAAAUCUUCCACAUUUCAUAAUCGACAUGGAAUUCAUGAAAGCGAAUUCGAUGGCUAUAAAAGCCUAAGUUUACUGGCGGAUAUGUUCUUGCGUCAAUAUAUGUUUCUGAACCCAGCAGGUGAUCAAGGGCCUCGACGAGGGGAUACUAAGCAUGAAGGUCGGGGGAAGGCGUAGACUGUACAUUCCUGGUUCUGUGAGUUCUCCCGCCAUCUCUAAGAUUAGACCCGUCUCUCUGGUAUCGGCUUUGAGGGAUUCUUCCGUCUUGUGCAGUUGGCGUUCCCCAAGGGCCUCACGUCGGCGCCGGGGAGGCCGAGAGUGAACGCCAACAGCCCGGUGGUUUUUGACGUGAGCUUGGAGUACAUCCCGGGACUGGAGUACGAGGAGGAGUAG